AUGCGCGUCAUAGUCUUGCUACAUAUCCUCCUCCAAAACGCCUGGCUUGCGUGCGGCGGAACGAUUGAAAGAGGUGGACAUGGAGAAUACAACGGUCACUCUGCUGGUCUCUCAAGCCAGGACCUGCUGACGCCCGAGACAAGAGGAGGAGAAGAGACCACAUCGUGGAAAGACACUGUGCCAGGAGUCCUUGGUGACAUGUUGAACGCCUUGGACGUCAUGCAGGAUUCAUAUUUCGACAUCUUCACCGGAACGUGGCCAGAUGCCAUCGACUGGACUUCUGCUGUCAUGGGCACACACGUCUCGGCCACCCUCGCUAGCAUUGUCUCCUCGUUGGAUGCGUCUUCCACAGCCACCUGCUCUGAUAUGCUCUCCUGGCAAAACAUCGUAGAUCGAUAUUACGCGCACACGACCGUCUUCUAUUUUGGCGAGAAUGCUUUUGCUUUACGAAAUCAAGCUUACGAUGACAUGCUCUGGGUUGUUCUCGGCUGGAUCGAGAACCUGAAAUUUGCAGAAAUGUACACUUUGAAACACUGGGAUUUUCUACAAUCAGGAAGGCGCGGCGAUUCGGGCACCGGGUGGCAUGGUCUUCAGAUCAGCCCGAUGGCCGCUCACCGUGCCCGGAUAUUUUACGACCUGGCAUCUGUGGGAUGGGGUGAAUCUCUUUGCGGAGGCGGCAUGAAUUGGAAUCCAUAUUUGACGCCUUACAAGAACGCCAUCACGAAUGAACUGUUUGCUGCGGCUAGCAUUGCUAUGUACCUCUAUCAUCCCGGCGACAACAACACUUCGCCAUAUUUCGUCCAAGGCGGGACAGACUUCGCUAAGCCUCACGAUCCUGCGUAUCUGGAAAACGCCAUCAAGAGUUACAAAUGGCUUAUGAAUAGCCGGAUGCGCAACCCCAGGUCCGGUCUCUAUCAAGACGGGUUCCAUGUCACUGGCUGGCGCCGAUAUCCCAAUGGGACCGUCGACCCAGGCACUGGAAAUUGCGACGAACUCAACCCCAUGGUGUAUACCUACAACCAAGGUGUGGUGUUGUCUGCCAGUCGUGGUCUGUGGCUAGCUACCGGCGCCCGAAGCUACCUGGAUGAUGGUCAUGCACUUGUGGACAGUGUGAUACGAGCAACUGGGUGGCCAUACUCACGUCCAAACUGGAGCGGUUUGGGCCGUGCAGGAAUACUCGAAGAAUUUUGCGACCACAACGGGUAUUGCAGUCAAGAUGGUCAGACCUUCAAAGGCAUCUUCUUCCACCAUCUGUCUGAAUUCUGUCGGCCAUUGUGGCCACAAGAAGAGGCUUUCAUAGCAACUCACAAAACUGCGGGUUUCGACAGAGCAGUUUACCAGUACCAUCUCGCCCGCUGCGCUGCUUAUGACAAAUGGGUUUCCCAUAAUGCCAACGCGGCGGCCGCCACCCGAGAUGCUGAUGGGCACUUUGGCAUGUGGUGGACUUUCGAGGAACCUGAUGAAGACACAAUGGCUCAGAUCCGAGAAAGUACAGUUCUUCCGACUGGGGCGGACGACUACCUCAAUCCUGUCCCAGAGACUGGGUCCACUCAGUUCAUGAACUCGACUGAUAGGAACGAUCGAGGAAGAGGGCGGACGGUGGAAACGCAAAGCGGUGGGUUGGCUGUUCUGCGGGCGCAAUGGAACUGGCAAGUUCAUUUACAGCAAAUUACGACCUAG